UUACCUUUCUCUCGCGAUAUUUCGCGGAGCUUCCUCCUGACAGCUGAAAACAUGGCAGACGUACAUGGACGGAAAUGGGACCGCUGUCUUGCAGAUACAGCCGUGAAAACAGUAACUGGCCUUGCUGUUGGCCUUGUGUUCUCCGUCGUUCUCUUUAAACGUCGGACAUGGCCUGUCUCACUUGGUUCAGGUCUGGGACUCGGCAUGGGAUACGCCAACUGCCAGCAUGACUUUAGGUCACCAUACCUGGUUCAUGGCAGCAUGGUUAAGGACCAGUAAUGUAAUGAAGUAAUGAAGGACUACAGAUGAUCAGGAUUUGCCAUGAAGUUGAUCAUCCUUUUUUGUGUUGUUAUUUUGCUGCUCAUUUCUUUCCUAGCACUAACGUCCAAUAAUGCCCACAUUGUGUUUAUCAAAUGUCAGUCAAUAUAUAUUUAAUAAACCAAUUCUGGAAAAAUC